AUGAUCUUCAUCAUCACCAUUCUCCUUCUCGCCGCCGACUUUUACUACCUCAAAAACAUUGCCGGCCGUCGCCUCGUCGGCCUCCGCUGGUGGAACGAAGUCGACCCCGCGACGGGCGACUCCAAGUGGGUGUUUGAGAGCAGCGAGCCCGGCACCAAGACCAUUAACCCGACCGACGCCCGCUUCUUCUGGCUCAGCCUCUACGUGCAGCCUCUGCUGUGGAUUCUGCUCGCCGUCUUGGCCCUCGUGCGUCUGCAGUUUCUGUGGCUGCCCCUCGUUGUCAUUGCUCUUGUGCUCACCGUCAUGAACACGCUGGCGUUUUCGCGCUGCGACAAGUUUAGCCAGGCGUCCAACUUGGCCGGCAGCGCGUUUAGCAGCACCAACCUUGCCGGCACGCUGGCGACCAACAUGGUUGGCCGCUUCUUCUCCCGCUAA